AUGCGGGUUCAGCAAUUAUUUUUAAUAAGCACCCUUGCGGCUUUUGGAAUUUAUUCUAGCUUUUAUGGGUUUUCCACAUACAAAAAGCAGGAUGUUUCUGCAAUAAAAACUUGGCUUGACGAACAUUCUGUCCCAUACGGCACACGAUCCACUCCUGUCGAGUUUAGGGACUUUCUGGUUGAACAUUAUGAGUCACUGAUCCCAAGAUUUAAAGAAGCGACCGGUCUCGAGUCAUCCAGCUGGCUCGGUAAAAAGACCAAUCCUUAUUUUGCCACUGCCAAGCAAAAGGUGAAUAAAGCUAGUCAACAUAUAGGAAACGUCGCUUCUGGUGCUAAAGGCACUACCUCUGAUGUAUGGGAAGAACAAAAAUCUCGCUUUUUUGAUGCUUGGAAUGACUCCCAGCUUCGUGCAUUUUUAGCUCGUUACAGUGAAGCAUUUGCUCCCGUCGAGAAAAAACAUUUGCUUGAUAAGCUAUCUCCUUCUUCUCUUCGUAAACUGGCCGUGAAGGAAUAUACGAUGCUGGUAAGUAAGCUAGGCGAAACUGGUGAUUGGGUGUACGACACCUGGUCAGAUAAUGAGCUUCGCACUUGGCUUCACGAUAUGGGAGUUCCAAUCCAGGCUCAUGAAACCCGUCCCCAUAUCCUCAGCAAGGUAAAAGAAACAAUGGUUGAAAAGUUGGAGUCUGGUAAGCCUGUCGUUGACUCCAUCAAGAAGGAUGCAACGAAGAAAACUGACAAAACUGGUAAAUAUGUUGACGAUGCUAGUAAAAAGGCCGAAGAUUAUGCAGAAUAUGCUUCUGAGAAGCUUACCGAGACCGGAGAAAACAUUGGUGAUAACUUACAAAAGAAGGCUGAUAAGCUUCACGAAGCUUCCAAGGAUAAAGGCCGCAUAGCUACCUGGUGGUCUGAAUCUGGACUAAAAGCAUAUUUGGACGCUCGAGGCAUUAAUAUCUACCAACCGUCUGCUCUUGACAAAUUAUGGGCAUCGGCUCGUCGCCAAUACUACCUUAAGACGAACGGCUACGAAACUUUGAAAGCCUCAGUAAAAGAGCACGUAUCUUCUGUCACUGACAGUGCUUCCGGUAUGGCUUCCGAUGCGGCUUCAGAUGCUUCAACCGCAGCGACCGAUGCAUAUCACGCUGCUACCACAAAUGCUAAUCAACUUAACGAUGAAAUCAAGCAUGCAAAAAGUUCAAAUGCACGUGAUUUCUCUACCAAAACCAAGGAUUUGAAACACAAGGCUUCCGAUGCUGCUUCUUACGCCUCUGAUAAACUUGAUCAAGGCUCCGAAAAGGUUAAAGCCCAAAAAGAAGCUGCUUCUUCAAAAGCUCGCGAUUUGAUUGACGAAACUGUGCUUGAAAAAUGGCAGGAAUCCAAACUCCGCGAGUUCCUUUAUUUACGUGGUGUACCUGUCCCGAAAAAGAGCAACAAGCAAAAAUUGAUAGACAUCGUUCGUAAACAUUUCAACAAAGGAACGAUUCCUCAUUGGGCGGUACAUUUUAACACACUUAGUUCAAAGGAAUUAAGUAAUUGGAUUCAGGAUUUCAAAAAGUACUAUCACGGCAAGCUCCAUCCUUCUAAAAAUCGCGAGCAUUUGGUUCAAAAUGCGUGCAACAUCUAUCGUUCCCUAAAGAAUCAAGGAAAUAAAUCUAUUCUUAAGAAAGCCGAAAAGAAGUUUUCAGAGGCGUCCCUUCCUGAUUACACUGGCUGGUCCAAUGAGGAUAUAAAGUCUGCUUUGUCUGAAUAUGGAGAGGCAAUCGGAAAACCUUUCCACCGUCAGGAUGCAGUUGAAAAGUUGAAGCAUCAUGACUUGCUGUUUUACGGACCUAUCCCCGGUAAAAAACAAGCCCAAGGUGUAUUUGGAUUUUUGCAACGUGUAGGUAGCUUUAUCGGAUUUGGAAAGCGUACUACUCCCGAAGAACAGCUUGAAGCGGACUAUGACAACGUGAAAAAGAAUAUCCCGAAAGUAGCAUCUAAAUACGCUACAUCCGCUUCAGAUUAUGUGGAAUCGAAUGCCAAAAAGGUCCAAAUGGCUUAA